UAUAUCGUAGUCCAUAAUAAGCGCACCCCCUUCAAUUCCAAUUUCGUGUUGUGAGAAAUUCCGUCAAUUCAAUUCCAUCCAUUUUUCUGUUGCAAUAACAGACUUACCUUGCCAGCGACUUAGUAAAUGCAAUGGCAAAGGGGAAACUUAUCUUGAUUUGUCAUUCGGGUGGUGAGUUUGUGACCAAUGAUGAUGCUACCAUGUCAUAUAAAGGAGGAGAAGCAAAUGCAAUAAAUGUCACCAGUGAGACUCUUUUCAAUGAUCUUAAGCUACAAUUAGCAGAGGCGUGUAAUUUUGACCAGAAGACAUUGACUAUCAAAUACUUCCUCCCACAAAACAAGAAAACCCUAAUUAUCUUAAAAAACGACAAAGAUGUAAGAAGAAUGAUUGAUUUUUACGAGGAUGCUUACACUGCAGAAGUCUUCGUGACGGGAACACCAGGUUUUGAAGAUAUUGCCAUUAACAUGCAAUCCAACUAUAAUAAUGAAGUGUUGAACCUUGAUAAUGUGGGUAAGAAGAUAAAAGAGCCUGUAAAACGUGGUAGACCGUGUACCAAGAAAGAUGAUACGGUGCUAGCAACUCCCCAAGUUAAAAGGACACGCCAUGCCACCGCUGCUGCUGCUAAAACCGCAGUGGCUUCUGAUGAGAAUCAAGAUGUUGGUACUGACAUGUCAGAUGGUGGCAAGUCAGACGCUUCUGCUAAUGAAACUUCCUUAAAUGAUUCUUCUGACUAUGUCUGCGAGAAGGAAGAUUCUGAUUCUGGUUCAGACUAUAGACCUAAAAGGUCGCCAGUCCAGAGAAAAUGCAACAGUCAAAGUGAAAUCAAUAUUGGUGUUGAAUCUAGCCCUGCUGACACCGUAAAGAAUAGGAGGUGCACUCCGUCUUGGAAGUUUGGUCCAAAUGGCCGUCCCACAAUUGUCUCUAUUCCUGAUGAAGAUUCCCCAGGACCUAAAUAUUCAGGAAAGAGCGAAAAAGCUGAGAAUUCCGGUAGAAAUUCACUGGGAAAGAGUAGCAGGUUGGCCGCAAAAGGUGAUCAUGCCCUGCCUGAAACUGUGAGUGAUUAUGCCCUGCCUGAAACUGUCGAUGAUUCAUGGAAUUUGGCCAUCACUGGCGUGGGUCAAAAAUUUGAUAGUGUAAAUGAGUUCCGUGCUGCAUUGAAGAAGUAUGCUAUAGCAAAUAGGUUCGGUUAUAGGCUUAGGAAAAACGAUAAAACUCGUGCCAUUGGAGAAUGUGCUGCUGAAGGAUGUAGUUGGAAAAUCUCUGCGAAUUGGGUCCCGAUGUUCCAAUCAUUUAUGAUAAAAAAACUAAACAAUGUACAUACAUGUGACAAGAACUCCUGGAUAUCAACUCCCUCGGCUAGAAAUUGGUUGGUAAGUACCAUUAAAGAUAGGCUGCGAGAAUUACCGUAUCUAAAACCAAAAGAGAUUGCUAAUGGACUUUUACAGAGUUUUGGUGUUGAGGUGAAUUAUUCACGAGUACGGCGUGGGAUUGGGAGUGCCCGGGAACUUCUUCAUGGGUCAGCUACAGAUUCAUAUAAUAAGUUACCUUUUUUUUGUGAGAGCCUUGUCAAGACAAAUCCUGGUAGUAUCGCUAAUCUUGUGAUUAGUAACAAGAACAGAUUUAAGUCCCUUUUCAUUUCGUUCUACGCGUCAGUUGAUGGAUUUCAAAAGGGUUGUCGACCUCUUAUUUUCUUGGAAGCUGCUUCUCUGAAGUCUAUUUAUGGAGAGAUUCUUUUCACAGCUACCGCCGUUGAUGGAAAUGAUGGAUUUUUCACGGUUGCAUUUGCUAUAGUAGAUGUCGAGGAUGAUGACAAUUGGCGUUGGUUUUUGGAGCAGUUAAAAGCUUCAAUCGUGAACUCACGUUCCAUCACUUUUGUGAUUGAUAGAGAUAAGAAUUUGAAGAAUUCUGUGCAUGCAGUAUUUGAAAAUGCCUAUGUUGGGUACUCCAUAUACCAUCUGUUGGCAAGUUUUAAGAGAAACUUGAAGGGUCCGUUUCAUAAGGAUGGGAAAGGAUUCUUACCAGUUCAUCUCUUAGCUGCAGCCCAUGCGGUUCAUCCUGCUGGUUUUAAGAAGUCAACAGAACAUAUCAAGUUGAUAUCUUCACAAGCAUAUGAUUGGGUCAUGCAAAGUGAACCUGAAAACUGGGCUACUUCAUCAUUUAAGGGUGAACCGUAUAAUCACAUCAUUGAAGAUGUUGGUGAUUCAUAUGCUAAAUUAAUGGAGGACAAGCGGCACUUACCAAUAUUACCAAAGAUAGAUGCUUUAAUACAUAUGAUGAUUGAUCACCUGGAGGAUGCUAAACUGAAUGCAAGCAAGUGGUCAACACAACUUACUGCGUCAAUGCAGAAAGUGCUGGAAGAAGAAAAAGCCAAAGCACAUGGACUGAAAGUCUUGAUUUCUUCUGAUACGUUGUUUGAGGUUCGUGAGGAUUCAACCCAUGUUGUGAAUGUUACUGAUCAGAGUUGCACAUGCAUGAGGUGGAAGGGAAGGGGUCUACCAUGCUGCCAUGCUAUUGCUGUCUUUUCAUUGACGGGUAAAAACCUGUAUGAUUUUUGCUCUAGUUAUUUCACAGCUGAUGCUUAUCGUCUAACCUAUGCUGAAUUCAUACACCCGAUACCCAUUGAUGGGCAACCUCAAAGGAAUCCUAAAGAAACACCUCAAAAUUUAAAAGGUGAAAAGGAAGAGUGUGGAAUGGAAGACGUUAACAAGGAAACAGGAGAGAGAAGAGAGAAAGAAGACAAUUCUAUGGAAGAAACUUAUAGAGCGGAGAUAAAUAUGGAAGAACUUGAAAACAUGAAGGUUCAGAAAGAUGUGAGUAUUAAGAAAGGGAAUGAAGUCAAGGGUAGUAAUACUCAGAAAGAGGGCUGUAAGUUGGAUGCAGACAAAGUUGAGGGUGGUGAUGUCGAUGCUCAGAAAGAUGAAGGUGCUGAUCAAGAUGUCAGGAAAGAUGAGGGAAUUAGUGUACAUGUUGAUAAAGUCCGGGAAAUUGAUGUAGUAGAUGUUGAGGAACUUGAAGACGUUAAUGUUGAUGUCGAGAAAGAUGAGGAUGUUAAUGCAGAUGUUGAGGGCAUUAUUGAAAAUGUCUUGAAAGAUGUGGUUGGUAAUGUAGAUACAGAUAAACACGAGGGUGGUACUAUGGAUGCAGAGAAAGAUGGGGGUGGUAAUGUGGAUUCUGAAACAGAAGAAGUUAGCGAUCUGGAUGCGGAAAAAGAAGAUAGUAAUACGGGAAAACUUCAAGAAGAACACGAGGAUCCUUAUGUGCUUGUGCUUCCUCCCAUUCCAGCAAAGUUAUCUUCUUCCUUCAUGAAGAAAUAGAUGGACAGUGUUGAAAUAGAGGGAGAAAUGAGAAAGAAAGUUACUUGUAGCACCUGCAAGCAACCUGGGCAUUAUAAGAAAUCUUGCACGGGAAAAUUCUAGGUAUUUCAGUAUCUUGUAUAUAUGUUACAAUUCUAUUCUAUGCGCCUUUGUAGACUUUGAUCUUGGCCUUACUUUCGACUAACAUUUGGUGAGUUUCCUAGGCUCUUAGCAUUCUAGGUGUGAGUUCGUCUUCUAGGUUCAUUAGUAUAGUUUUUCAUUCUGUUCGAAGCGGAGGCAUUUUCAAAAAAUGUCGCACUCUGUUUUUCAUUUUGUUUAAUAUAUCUGGGUGUCUAAUAUUUCAAA